AUGAAUUCGCGUCGACUCGGAACAGCUGUAGCAGUAAAGAAGAAACUUGAUUUUCUGCAUGAAUUGCAUUAUAAAGCUGAAACAAUAAGAUUCUGGCACUCAUGGCGGCGAGUUUUAGUGUGGGUCUUAUUAACUUUGGUUCUCGUUAUCGAUAAUGAAUCUGUUAUGGAUAAGCGUCGCUAUUCUAAAAAAGAGGCUUCAGAUAAUUUUAACAUUCCAUCAUCUACUAUCCAGUCGAAUCGAAACUUCAUCACUCGUUGGCUUUCGGCUUUACAUUUUGGAAAAUGGACAAAACAAGCUGUGAAACAAUCAUCUUCAAGUUAUAUGCGGCAAAAUUUAGCUAAUUCUGCUGGAUCAUCUUUCGUUAGUGGAAGAUCAGGAGGUGAUUUUGGUGAUAGCAUUUCCUUUAAACAUUCAACACCACUGAUGGACCGCCAUUCCCCAUUUGCAGAGAGACAUUUAUGUCAUCCUAUUCCACUGGCUGCGAAAGUCGGAUCUAGGACAUCUUUUCGCAGUCCUCCAUUAUCUUCUAUUCAAACUCAUGAACAGUUACAAGAAUAUCUUCGACACAGUCCUCUGAGCAAUCACUUUCACCGGGACUCAGUUUCAACUCCAGUAUCAUACGGAUCAUUUCAUACUCCUGAAUCUGGGCAUAUUCCUGGUGUUUUUCGUCCAUUCCGUUUUUUAUCUCCUCAAAAUACGAGUUACGAUGUUGGUACUGCCAUGUGUGAUGAUGAGCAAGGAAAAAAAAUAGAUGAUGAAAAUAGUGUCGUUUCGUUAGUAACAGGUAGUCGCAUAAUUGUAACAGAUAAGCGAAUAUCGUUAUCUCCAAUUCCAUUAAAUUUAAUGGAAGCCGAUAAUGAAUUGUCUGGUGAAAAUGCAAAAGGUAUAGCGAGUGACGGAAGUGACGUUGCACGAAAUGCUGAUAAUGAUAGCAUCACAUUUCGUGUAAAUCACAAUGCUGCAAAGCGGUCAUCUCAAAAAAAGCAAGGGAUUCAUAUGAAAUCUACAGAAGCUUUUCGACCAUUGUUUGGUCGAUCAGAAAAUUGUGAGCGUCGACAGUCAAAUGUAUCACCACAUUCCUACACUCCAAAUCAGCUUUCAAAUGUUGUGCAGUUAAAAGGGAUUGCCAGUAGUCCAAAUGGAAAACAAAUACCCAUAACGUCAUCCGAAAUAUUGAAUCAGUAUAAUAUGGGUGCAGAAGAUUUUGCUGCUGCGGAACACAAUUUACGUUUCUGGAUUUGUCAAACAAUUUUGCGUCCACUUGUUGAAAAAAUUGAUGAAGUCAAUGCAGUGCUAAUUAAAUCUUCAGCGCAUCCUCUCUUAAAAAUUGGUCACUCUUCUGUCGAGGCUCUCCAAGUCGCUGCUUCAUCAAAAAGUGAAUUGCUUAAAUCAGCACUUCCAUACAUAAUACCAUAUCUAAAGGCUCACGAAAAACAAUCGUACUUAGUUAAAAGAUGUCGGGAAUUAUCAGUGGAUGUGUGUAUGAAAAACUACAAUUGGCAAAGUGGUGGAAAUGAAUUCGUCGAAAAAAAAGAUGGAGACGAGCAUGGAUACUCACCACCAGAACGCCCAUGGGGUCCACAUUUACCAACUGAUUCAGAGCUUAUUUGGUCGUGGUUUUCAGUAUAUAUGGAUGCACGCAUGGCAACAAAUCCCUUAGUGAGUGAUUUCGAGAUGCCAUUUUCAUCUGUUUAUUAUUUGAAGAAGCCUGCAAAACCUUCGCCCUUGCAGUGCAUGAAAAAAUCGUUUUAUAUUUAUCAGAGUAGCACUCAUCCCCCACACUUUGAGUUAGUUUUGGAUGGUGGCAGAGAACGCUUUGAAGUAGAUCGUGGUUCAAAGAAUUUUUGGCGAACACUAUUGCUUUUUAUUCAACAUAUUCGUUUAUUUAAUGAUUGCUGUAUUGGCAACAUAAAAAUUAAUGAAAAAGGUAUUAAUCUUUCGUGCAUUCUUGAAUAA